GAAAUGUGAAAUGUGCCAUUGUGUCAUCAAUAUCUCAGACUGCACUGAAGGUGGUUGGAUGCUUUCUCUGGCUCAUGCAAAUUUGUGUGAGUUAAAGUCGAAGAACAUCUGUUCAGCUUAGCUACCCAAGCAAGACUAGAAUUUAAACCACAGCUUUAAACGCCAGCGCUUCGGUAUGGAAGGUUGACGUUCUUUGAGUUCAAGGGGAAUAAAUUCACUAACGGUCAAAACCAUGUCUGAGAAAGGAGCGCUUCUGAAAACCGACGAACAAGGAUCAAACUAUGGGGAUUUAUUUCAUCCCGAAGAGGAAGCAGUUGAACCCAAGUCACAGGAAAACAAGCAAGACAGCCAGGCGACAUCUUUGUUAGACAUGAUUCGCUCGGCUGUUGCUAUCAACCAAAACCUCCUCGUCUAUAAGGUUUUUUAUUUCUUUUAUUUUGCCGCGCUUGGCAGCCUCAUACCGUAUUUAUCACUAUAUUUUAAGCAUUCUCUUCUGCUGCCAGCUCAUUUUGUGGGCAUUAUACUGGCGGUGAAGCCUCUUUGCCUGUUUGUCAGUGCGCCAAUUCUGGGAACCAUCGCAGACAAGUACAACAAGGUCAGAACAGUGUUACUAAUCGCGCUAUUCAGUUACAUUGUCAUGAAUCUCCUCGUUGCUGUGGUUCCUCCUGUGAGCAUAGAUUGCCUCAGCGAAGUCCACCAAAAACUGAACAUUUCGCACCCAAACGACACCGUUCGUCAUCUCCAUGGCAUCACGAGAGAAAAUCACAUAGAAGCAGGUAACAUUACUUCAUUCGGAAACACUGAGAUGUGGCAAGAAGCCUGGCUUUUCGAUCUUUACACCGAAAUGGAUCCUAAGAUUUAUAAGAAUGCUAAAGUAGUGUUUCUUGUUAUUUUGAUAAUUACUACAGUUGGUGAACUUCUCGGUGCCACGUCUAACACGCUUGCGGAUGUGGCUACAUUUCAAAACUUGGACAACCGUCCGCAGUAUUACGGAGAGCAACGAUUGUGGGGGGAACUCGGCUGGGGAGUAUCAGCUUUCAUAACAGGCUGUGUUGUACAGGGGCAGUAUAAAAAACAGGUGGAUAUUUGUCCAGAAGAUGUGUUUGACAUUUACCGACCUUUCUUUUACGUGAAUGCUAUUCUAAUGGCAGUUGCUCUGUUCGUGUCCACCCGCUUCAACUUUCAAGAUUCAGACAAGUAUGUGAAUGAGAAAAUUGCUCUGUUUAAAGGCCUGCAGAUAUUUGGAAAAAUUGAGUACUUUAUCUUCGCCAUCAUUGCUAUUUUCCUUGGGUUCGCCUUAGGAUCAGCAGAGACUUUCUUGUUUGUUCACUUGGUAGAGCUUGGGGCCUCGCCGUCCCUAUUCAGCGCACUUGUCGCAGUGCAUUGUAUCUCAAACGUUGCAAUGUUUUACGGCUCCAUAUACUUCCUCGAAAGCAUCGGUCACAUUAAGAUGCUUACACUUGGGCUGCUGAUUUACGCUUUGAGGUUUUACUACUUUUCCGCCAUUGAGAAUCCUUGGCUGGUGUUGCCGAUUGAGUUUCUCCGUGGGCUGUGCUCGGCUUCUGUAUGGUGUGCCCUGGCGUCCUAUGUGGGCACCCCUCCGCGUGUUGGUGCUACACUGCAAGGUAUUUUGCACGGCUUGUACUACGGUCUUGGCAGAGGCCUCGGUCAACUGAUAGGCGGGAUUUUGAUUCGCAGAUUUGGCACGGAUCCGUAUUUUCGCUACUUUGCUCUCAUUGACUUUCUAGUGAUGAUCAUUGUGGCGCUGCUUGUUCCAUAUUUGGGUCUGCGAGGUACAAUAUGGAUGACUUUAUCGGGUUAUACUCCACUUCGCGCACAAGAAGUCGAUUGCUGCCCCAAAAUCUACAGACUACCUUGCAUGCAGAAAAAGAACGUAGACCAAGAGGAAUAGGAAGGAGAUUACUUAAUUUAUUACAAUUUCUCUCCCCAAAAUAAAAAGAAUCGUAUCUAAAAUCUAUUUUGUUUGUUCCAAAAGCUGAAAGUGAAUAUGUGAAUAUAUAUACGUGAAGGUGACAGUCAUAGACAGAUUGCCUUGGCUAUUUUUUUAAAGUUACAUUUUAAUUUCUUAAAUUAGACAUUAUUCAUUUUACAAGGGAAAUGUUUGAUUUAUUACUGACCAAAAGGCAGUGGAAAAAUCAGUCAGUUUUGCCGCGUAAUGAUUUUCAAUUUUCGAAGAUGUUAGUGAACAAACUCAUGCUUAUAAUGAAAGUGUUCGUGUGAAUUGUCUGUAAAUAUAUGCAGGAAAUUAUAUUCAAGUUUUCCUUAUUACUAUAUUACUCUCAAUAUUUGUCAAAGGAUAGUGUAAAUAAUAUAACGUGGUUGCGUACUAAAUUUGACAAAGAUGUAUUUUUCUUGUUAUCCAAUUUCACUCUAUUGACAUUGCAUGAGGAGGAUUUCCAUUGAAAUAAACAAUCUUUAAACCUUUCUCUGAUCACUUGCUACCAAAGGUUUCAAUUUUAGAUUAUCGAUGUGUAAGAGAAAGAUUGCAAUUUGUUGUCGUUUCAGUUCAGCAAUAUCCGUUGCACAUCUCUAGUUUUCUUCAACUGAAUCUAUUUUUAGGUUUUAGUUAAACAGGAAAAGAAUAUUAUCAUAUAAUAUUGAAAGGCGAAAUUAAACUUAAGUGCUUACGUUAAUAGUCCAUAUUACUGUAACAAUAUAAGCCAUUACAGUUGUUAUUUAAAGUAAACAUUCUGAUUGUAAGUAAAUCGAAUUAAGUUUAAAUGUAAGGAGGUCAUACAUGAGAGAUAGAAUUGAGUGCUCGACUAACAUAAACCAGUAGAAAGGAAUAUUUUGUCGCACGAAUGAAAUAAAGUAUAUGACCGUCAUA